UAGGCAUUCGCUUGCGAAUGUGCAUGUUAUCAACAAAUUCCGCGCUUUAUCAGAGUUCAGUGUUGUUCAAGACAUCGCACGAGAAACUGAUAACCAUGUCUCUGGUAGCGCGCGCUUUUGAGUCGAGCAAGAUCGUGCCCGACGUCAUCCCCACGGCACCCACUGCCACCAUUGGGUUGAAAUACCCGAGCGGCGUGGAGGCCGCACAGGGGAACGAACUUACCCCCACCCAGGUGAAGGACCAGCCCACCGUCACCUACGAGGCUGACGCUGACGCCUUCUACACACUCGUCUUCACUGACCCCGACAACUACGAUGGCCCCGAGCCCGUGUACCGCGAGUGGCACCACUGGCUGGUUGGCAACAUCCCCGGCAACAACGUGGCCGCCGGCGAGGUGCUAUCAGGGUACAUCGGCUCCGGACCCCCUGAGGGCACUGGCAUUCAUCGCUACGUGUACAUUUUGUUCAAGCAGCCUGGAAAGCUGAGCUUCGAUGAGCCCCGACUGACCAACAAAUCAAUCGACGGCCGCGCCGCGUUCUCUACCAAGAAGUUCGCCGAGAAGUACAACCUCGGAGCGCCGGUCGCUGGCAACUUCUACCGCGCACAGUUCGACGACUACGUCCCGCUGCUGUAUAAGAGCUUGGGAGUCUAAUUUAUUAUAGUGCGUCAAGCAAAUCUUGAAAACCCACCU